AUGUAUCCAUACCAAUUAGUGUUUGGGAAAGCUUGUCAUCUAUCAGUGGAGGUUGAACAUAGAGAAUUUUGGGCUCUAAAGAUGUUGAACUUUGAUAAUCAAGCUGCUGGGGAAAGAAGAUUGCUACAACUCAAUGAGUUAGAAGAGUUCAGAACUCAAGCCUAUGAGAAUGCCAAGAUUUUCAAGGAGAAAACAAAGAAAUGGCAUGAUCAAAAGCUAGCAAAAAGAGAGUUUGUAGAAGGUCAAAGAGUGUUGUUGUACAAUUCAAGGCUCAAGUUCUUUCCAGGGAAGCUAAAGCCAAGAUGGUCUAGACCCUUCACAAUCAUCAAGGCUUCUCCUUAUGGUCAUGUGGAGCUUAUGGAGGAUAAGACACAAAGGACUUUCACUGUCAAUGGCCACAUGCUUAAGUAUUACUUGGGGGACUCAUUGGAUGAGCAAAGAGUGAACUAUACCCUCAGCUGA